CGCACUCCCAUUGACCAGUCAGUCUGUGGUCUGAGUCGUGUAUUCGGGCCAAUAGUAAUCGUGCGGUGGCUCUGAGAACACGGUACGGGUCCCUCGUUUGGUCUUGGCCGUGGUGCGUUUCCUACACGUCACGUCGGAAACACCGAUAGAACGAGAUAAAGAAAAAGGCGUUAGUACACCGAGAGCCGAGGCAAAAGCUUGACACUUAGAAGCCGUCGCUCGUUCGGAGGAAAAGGGAAGUCGGUACAUCGUUUCGUUGCUCCAAAUCGGGAAGGGACGAGAACGGGCAGGUCCGUGUAGGAUCUCCAUCGUCUCGUACCUCGUCUGUCGCGUCUCUGUUUCCGGUGCGAACGUGUCCAGAAGCCGCGGAGAAGCUGCAACUCUUCUUCGGUACCAGGAUUCCGCAGCGGGAGCCGCGCAAGACGAGCACCAUCGUCGAGGAGCAACAGCGCGCGAAGAAGGUGCGCAGCAGUUGUCCAGGGAGACCGUCGCGUUCCACGCGGAACGCGCUUCUUCUCAGAGGUAGAACCACCGGAACGGUGGACGGCCGAGUCCAGGUGCUAGCGUCGGGGGCGUUGCAGGAAUCGGUCGAACGACCGUAGGUCUCAUCGUGGGCGAGCGACAGCGACCGGAGUCGUCGCCAUGCCGGCAGGUAUUGGCGCCUCGUACAGGUCGUUAGGCGACCUGGGCGAGGACGUGUACAAAAGCACGACGAUCGUCGACCAGACACAGACCACCGGGCAGAGCGUCCUCGAGAGCGUGAAGAAGGCUUUCAGUUUCGCCUCGCCCAAGGUCGAGCUGAGGAAAAAGGACCCGCUGAUCGAGGACCGACGUGAGAGCGUCUCGAUCGUCUCAAGGGAAAGACACAGGAUGCCGAGCGCUGCCACCGCCGAGGAAUCAGCUCUGUUGGGCACGAUGCCUUCAGAUAGUAUGGAUGACAUCGAACUGAAAAAUAUUCAGCUUCAAUUCCCCGCGCUGAGAUACCUGUCGAGGGAUGACAGUUCCGUGCGGGAGGAGAGGGUGGAAACCGACAAGGGUAGCCUGCUGGUCGCUGUGCAAGGAAACCGAGCGAAACCUGCCAUUCUCACUUUCCACGACUUAGGCCUUAACUAUAUAUCGAGCUUCCAAGCAUUCUUCAAUUACAUCGACAUGCGUGUUUUACUCGAGAACUUCUGCGUGUACCACGUGAACGCGCCAGGUCAGGAGGAAGGUGCGUCAACGCUUCCGGAGGACUACAUUUAUCCGUCCAUGGACGAACUGGCAGAGCAGCUGCUCUUCGUCUUGGGCCAUUUCGGCCUGAAGUCCAUAAUCGGUUUCGGUGUCGGUGCCGGUGCUAACAUACUAGCCAGAUUCGCUCUCGCUCAUCCCGAGAAGGUGAACGCUCUCUGCUUGAUAAACUGCGUGUCCACGCAGGCAGGUUGGAUCGAGUGGGCUUACCAGAAGAUGAACGUACGCCACCUGAGAUCCCAGGGCAUGACUCAGGGUGUGCUCGACUACCUGAUGUGGCAUCAUUUCGGCAGGAUGAUUCCGUUUAAGCGACAUAUUCUGAAGCAGAAUAAACAAUAUCAUCUUUCCAUUCUUGGCACGGAGGAGAGGAACCACGACCUGGUUCAGGUGUACAAAAACUACUUCGAGCGUCACGUGAAUCCAACGAACUUGGCGCUGUUCAUCGACAGCUACAUACGCCGCACGGAUCUGAAUAUCACGAGGGAAUUAGACCCGAUACGCAAAAAGGAAGGUCUCACGCUCGGCGUGCCUGUCAUGAACAUCACCGGAGCUCUGAGCCCGCACGUCGACGACACCGUCACGUUAAACGGCCGAUUGGACCCGACGAACAGUUCUUGGAUGAAGAUCUCCGAUUGCGGAAUGGUGCUGGAGGAGCAACCGGGCAAAGUAAGCGAGGCUUUCCGACUAUUUCUGCAGGGCGAAGGAUAUGUGGUGAAAUCCUCGCGGAAGCCCGUGACGCCGACAACACCCGAAGGUAAUUGUAAUUAGGAAUUGAAGGCCGCAAGGAGUCAAGCGCGCAGUUGGUCGGUUAGGCCACGUCUAUGUGUUAAGUAAGUCGGAAUUCAAACUCUUAUCGGGAGAACUACUAACCGACGACGAUCUCUCUAUCACGACUAACAUGCCUUGGACAACCCCGGGUACAGUCCCUCAAGGAUUUAACUGAAAGGCAACUAACUGCUGCUCCUUUUCACCAUACUAACAAGACACAUUCGUAACCCGUUCAUUUCUGGGUCCAACGCCUCGGGCUCGCCGAACUUGUGCUUUAUGAACCUUCCACGCGCAUUCUCUUAGAAUCAACAUCCCUCUAUCAUUGUUGCUUAAUCUUGAGAACGAGUGAAUCAUUUGUAACAACCGAAAAUUAUGAUAAUAUUCGAAUUGUCUCUUGAUAAUAAAAUAUUAAAUAAAACAGAUUUUUAAGUAAAUACUCGAAGGUGGAUACCGAAUUAAGAGAAUUUGUCAAUUUUAUAGUUUUUGUUGAGAAAAAUUUAUCCUCAUCACUCGUCUUCAUUUAUUAAUCAUUUUUUCACGAUAAACCUUUACCGAUUGAGGCUUCACAUGUUCCGCUCUUAUCAUUAGUUGGUACAAAGAAUGUUUGCCGAUUGACGAUAAGUCAGAGACCUUUCUGGAAAACAUAUCAUGUUCCGACUCAUCCUCUUCAGCACAGUCUCUUCGAGUGAAGAAUAAAACAGCUACAUUUCUAUUUUGGCAGCAAGAUUUGCUAACGAUAUCGCCAGACAAUACGAUCUAAAAAGUAGCAGCAAUUCUAAGGAUUGCUCGCACCUACUGGGCAGUAGAAUAGCAAAGAACAGAACCGCGCUGUUUACUCACACGCCUCCGCACAUGAAACAACUCCACCGACACACAGAACUCAACCUGUUUUUACUUUGCAUGCGCGCCUUUCUUUGUAUUCGCCGUUCUUCUUCAGUUUUGUGUACUCUCUUCCUCGCGUUGCGACGAUCGAGCCGAUCGAUCCCGUGCGCCCGAUGUCUCUGUUAUCUGUAUCUCUGUGUUGAAACGCGCUCCACGAUUUACCGAAUUUUUACCGCUAACGUUCGCGACCACGGAACGGGCACCGUAGAGCCGUGUGGUCGAAUGAAAACUCGACUACCGAUCCCCACGAUC